AAGCAUAAACAAUAAAUCCUCUGUACAGUACUACAUCUAUUUACAAUUGCUGUCCUGUGCAGAGAAAUGAGAAAUGAAUCUGAGGAUGAUACCGCUGAGAAAGAAUUUGGAGCAGUUGGAGAUAAAGAGGAAAAGAAAGAAGAAGAAGGACUGGACAGGAACAUGUGGGCACCUGAGGAAGAUGAAGAAGAAAAUAAGGAGGAACUUAAUAAAGAGUCUGGUGGUGGAACGUCUGAGGAUAACGAAACCCACCUUGCUGCGAAAGACUCAGAUUCAAAGAAAAGAGACAAAGAGGAGAAUGAAGGAGAGAAGGAAGGAGAGAGAGAAGAGGAAGGAAGAGAGGAUAAUGAUGAGGAACUUAUCAAUGAUCAAGAUGAUUAUUUUACAGCCGGGAAUGAUGCUCAGCAAGGAAAUGAACAAGAAGAGACAGAGGGAGAUGGGGUACAAGAGGAUUUUGGUGACAUUAAUCUUGACUCGGGUAGUGAUAUGGAGGAGGGUAAUGAAGACGGUGAAGGAGAAGAAGAAAUGGAAACUUGUAAGGAAAGUGAGUUCUCUGACGGUGAAGAAAAGGAUGACAAUAACAAUGGCGACACAGAAGAAAUGAGCAAAGAAGAUGAAGAGUGUUUAGAAAUGGAUGCUGAUGGUAUGACGUAUACUUCUGAUGACAAAAUUUAUGGAGUUCCUCAGUCUCAAAUCGCACCCACUGAAGAACAAAGGCAAUCUAAUACAGAGCCUGAUGGCUCUCAGAAAGAAGAAGUCCAAUCUUCAUUAGAUGCACUAGAAACAGAUGGGACUGCUGAUGAUACUAAUACUACUACAUCUAAUCAAGGCAAUAUCUCUCAAAUGAAAGGACCCAAUAGAAAUAGAAAGGAGUUGCAGAGAUUAAGACAGAAGAACACAUCACAUAGUAAAGCUGAUCCUGACAAUAUACCACCUGCUAAGAAACAAAAGAUAAUGGAAGGAGAGGAGAGACCUAAUGAACAAAAGGACACAAGUUCCAAUCAGACAGAUACAGACCUGUACCAGCAUGUAACUGAGACCCAGUCCAGUGAUGCUGCUGCUUGGGAUACACUUAAUGGAGUUGAUGGUAGCAAUGGACAACAACCAAUAGGAGAGGAUGAGGAGGGAGAGGAUGGGAAUGAAGAGAAAGGAACACUACCUACCAACGAUGAAGUAUUAACAUCACAAGAGUGUACCAUCAAAGAUAAUAAUAUUGAGAAAGAAGCAGUCCUACAAUAUGAUGAUAGCAUGGAGUCUAAAGAAGAAGAAGAAGAGAAGAACAGAAAAGAUCAAGAGAGAGAGCUACCAACUGACAGCUACUUCAAUACAUCUAAUGUAGGAAUGGAAUGGAUACCUGGACAAUUGGACGAAUCCAAAUUGAGAUUAAUAGUACAAGAAACUGAUGUUCAAAGACUUGAGCAAUCCUCACGGUCACAAGAGAAUGCUCAAUUGUGGCUGCAGUAUGAAUCAAUGAUGUCCAGUUUGUCUCAUUCAUUAUGUGAAGAAUUAAGGCUCAUACUUCAACCAACAGAAACAUCCCAGCUAAAAGGUGACUUUAGAAGUGGAAAGAGGCUCAAUCUAAGAAGAAUAAUUCCAUAUAUUGCCAGCAACUUUCAAAAUGAUAGGAUUUGGUUGAAAAGAGUAAAACCGAACAAGAGAAAUUACCAGAUUCUAAUAGCAGUCGAUGAUUCCUCAAGCAUGAAAGUUAAUGAUUGUGAUAAGAUGACAUGUGAAUCACUUGCUCUAAUAAGCUCUGCAUUACAAAAGUUAGAUAGUGGGCAGUUGGCUGUGUGCAGCUUUGGUGAAGAUGUUCAAGUUCUUCAUUCAUUUGAACAACCUUUACUAACAGCUAAUGGUGGGCACAUACUGCAACAUUUAACAUUCAAUCAAUCUACCACUAAUUUUGUUAAAUUGCUUAAUUGUGCUGUGAGCUUAUUUGGUCAAGCUUUAUUAACACAACAUAAAGUAUCUGUUGGCAUUAGUCAAUUGAUGGUAGUACUGUCUGAUGGAAGAGGAGUAUUUGGACAUGGAACUCCACCUGUUAUGUCUAAUAUCUGCCAGUUAACAGAGAUGGGAGUUUUUGUUGUAUUUGUGAUCAUUGAUGGAUUAGGAGAGAAUUCAAUUGUUGAUAUUAAAACAAUAGCAAAGAGAGAACCUCUUGUCAUAAAGUCAUACUUGGAAACUUUCCCUUUUCCCUAUUACAUUGUACUAAGAGAGAUAUCAGCUCUACCUUCAGUGCUAGCCCAGUCACUGAGACAAUGGUUUGAAUUAGUGACUGCAUCAAAUAAUUGAAGAGGUUUUGUAAUUUUAUUUAUUUAUCUUUAUUUUAACAAAUCUAAUGACUUUAAAUUAUUGUAAUAAGUAAUGAUUAUAAUAAUUUCAUUUUCCUGUGAUUGUUUUGAGAUGCUUCCCAAACAAAAAUGUUAUUCUUUCUGUGUGAUUUUUAUCAUCUCUGUAAUUGUAUAAAAGAAUAAAGUUCCAUGCA